UGCUAGUAUCAACCAUGUUUCUUAAGACAACAGCUUCAAUUUUAAUCAUCCUCGCAGUUUCAGGAGCGUCAGGAGUAAGAGUGAUGAACUUCAAGCAUGAAUCAGUACUUGGAACUACGAUGUUAUGGACACAAUGGAGACAUGGAUUUCACAGGCGCAGGAAUGAUUCUCGAACAAGGCUGGGUGUGGGAGACUCUCACAAAUACGUCUUCAGAAAAGCCAGCGAAUCCCAACAUCUGAAAACCAAGGAGCCUUUCAGUUAUCUUCUGAAGGAUGAUGCUACGCAUGUCCACAAGCUCACUGACAGUCUCCAUCAGAAACUUGUUCCCAUCACAGAGGAGCUUCGUCUGAAGAUGACGCUUGACACAGAGAAGCUGCGGCAGUUGAUCAGGCACGAGAUGCAGGAACUGAGCAGGAAAAUUGAUCCUUUUGCUGAUGAACUCCACCAGAGGCGCAGUAGAAGCCUCACGGAAUUGCAUCAGAUGCUGACUCCUUUCAUUGAGCAGCUCCGCAUUGCCCCGUUAAUUCACAGCAGGAGAACACUUUUACGUAAAGUGAGAGCUGAUACAAAAACUCAAAGGCAAAUCAUGGUCUCACUGACUGAAGCAGUGCAGAGUCAGAUCGAGGACAACAUUGCCAAAGUAAACCAGGGCCUCCCACCCAGUUCAUCCCUGCUCCAGCUCGAUAAAGGAAUCCAGAAAAUUCUGGGUAAGCUCCUUCCUGAUGUUGACAAAGGAUUUGCAAGUGUCCUCCAUCAGGUUGGCACUGUUCCCCAGCACAUGGAGAACAUCAGUAUCCUUGAGUCAAAGAUUAAUAGCAAUGUGGUAAAACUGGCCCCUUACGCUUCAAACAAAACCGGGAUUCUGACUGGCAACAUGAAUGAUGCAAAUCUGACUUGGCAGAUGAAAGAUCUCAGCAGAAACCUCGACCAAGUAGCCAAGAUUUUCCUGCAGAACACAAACUCCUUCACAGUUAAUAAAAACCUCACAGUCAAACUGAAGAAUAUGAAAGACAGACUCACUCCAUAUGCUGACAGCUUAAAGCAAGCUCUUCAAAACCAGCUUUCAAAUAUGUCCGAAUAUAUCCGCGAUGAAGUGAAUAACUUUUGAGAAAGAGAAGGAAGUUAAACUGAAUUUUGGGAGUGGGGAGUCUUGAAGUAUGAAGAACUGUGUCAUUGAUUGUAAUGAUUCUCAACACAUUGAAUUGGUGUCAAAAGGAAUAAUUGUCAACAUCACUUGAUAAAGAUUUUAGAGUGCACUGUCGUUUACUCAUGGGCUUUUUAAAGAACUUUAGAAUUUAUAAUGUUUCAUUGUGUUUUCACUCCUUAGAAAUAAUCUUCAUUAAAUAUCAAGCUUCUUUAUUGCU